CCUCUUCAUUCACACACUGUCUAUCACUCCUCUGCUUACUCUCUUUUUCCAUUUGCUUCUAUUUCACGCUCUUAGAGAACUUUCGGGUUCUCUCUCUGUAAAUCGCAAUCUUCUUCGCUAUGGCUGCUGCUACUCUCUCUCCUGCUGAUACCGAAAAGCUCAACAAUCUCAAAUCUGCAGUCGCCGGUCUGAACCAAAUCAGUGAAAAUGAGAAAUCUGGAUUUAUUAACCUUGUCGGUCGCUAUCUAAGUGGAGAAGCACAACACAUUGACUGGAGUAAGAUCCAGACGCCAACUGAUGAGGUGGUGGUGCCUUAUGACAAGUUAGCACCUCUUUCUGAAGAUCCCGCGGAGACUAAGAAGCUUUUGGACAAACUUGUUGUCCUGAAGCUCAAUGGAGGCUUGGGAACAACAAUGGGAUGCACUGGUCCCAAAUCAGUUAUUGAAGUUCGUAAUGGUUUGACAUUCCUUGACUUGAUUGUCAAACAAAUUGAGGCCCUCAAUGCCAAGUUCGGAUGCAGUGUUCCCCUGCUUUUGAUGAAUUCAUUCAACACCCAUGAUGAUACACUGAAGAUUGUAGAAAAAUAUGCGAACUCAAACAUUGAUAUUCAUACAUUCAAUCAGAGCCAGUACCCUCGCCUGGUUACGGAAGACUUUGCCCCACUUCCAUGCAAAGGCAAUUCUGGAAAAGAUGGAUGGUACCCUCCAGGUCAUGGUGAUGUUUUCCCUUCUUUGAUGAAUAGUGGAAAGCUUGAUGCACUACUAGCAAAGGGCAAGGAAUAUGUCUUUGUUGCAAAUUCAGAUAACUUGGGCGCCAUUGUUGAUUUGAAAAUCCUUAAUCAUUUGAUCCUAAACAAAAAUGAGUAUUGCAUGGAGGUUACUCCCAAAACUUUAGCUGAUGUCAAAGGUGGCACCUUAAUCUCAUAUGAAGGAAAAGUACAGCUCUUGGAAAUAGCACAAGUCCCUGAUGAACAUGUCAAUGAAUUCAAGUCAAUUGAAAAAUUCAAAAUUUUCAACACCAACAACUUGUGGGUGAAUCUGAGUGCUAUUAAAAGACUUGUAGAAGCAGAUGCACUCAAGAUGGAGAUUAUUCCCAACCCUAAGGAAGUGGACGGAGUCAAAGUUCUUCAACUUGAAACUGCUGCUGGUGCUGCGAUUAAGUUCUUUGACCGGGCAAUUGGUGCUAAUGUUCCUCGAUCUCGUUUCCUUCCAGUGAAAGCAACUUCAGAUUUGCUCCUUGUUCAGUCUGAUCUUUACACCUUGACUGAUGAGGGCUAUGUCAUCCGAAACCCGGCCAGGUCUAAUCCAUCCAACCCAUCUAUCGAGUUGGGACCUGAAUUCAAGAAGGUGGCCAACUUCUUAGGUCGUUUCAAGUCUAUUCCCAGCAUCAUUGAUCUAGAUAGCUUGAAGGUGACCGGUGAUGUAUGGUUCGGAUCUGGCGUUACACUAAAGGGGAAAGUGACCGUUGCUGCCAAAUCCGGAGUGAAGCUAGAAAUUCCAGAUGGUGCCGUGAUUGCAAACAAGGACAUCAAUGGACCUGAGGAUAUAUAGAGGAGCUGUUGGUUCUAAUUCGACGUCGCAAGUCUGCAAGUAGUAUGUUUGUAGUGAGUGUAAAAUUGUCUCUUCAAAAUAAACGAACAAUUUUGCUUGUUUUGUUAAUGGAACAAUUGCGAAAAUACAAAUGACUAUAUCAGAGUACCUUGUUCCUUCAUAAUUUCCAUAGGAAUUCGAUAUAUGUCAAUCAGCCAA